UCUCUACUUGUACUACUGUCCUGUACUACUCUACUUGCACUACUCUACUUGCACUACUCUACUUGCACUACUCUACUUGCACUACUCUACUUGCACGCCUUGUACUACAUACUUGAACCACACACUGCAUUACUGUACUACAUCAUCCUCAUUUCAUCUCAUCUCAUCUGUUUGGUCAUUUUCAGAAAGUUCCCACUGUGAGGCUAAAAUUGGCGAACGGUUGACAUAAUCCCCGGUCUUUUUUGUUGGCAUGGACUUUUUUGUGUACCCUAAUGCAGUGCAGGUUGGUUUGCUAUUGUUUAUUGUUUAACUUGGAAAUAGAAGAUCUUGGGUCCAUUGACCAGCCUUGUUGAAAGAUUUUCCUUGGUAGUGUUACCUUUCAUUCGUUUAAUCCCUCCUUUUGAACCUCAUAUUCGACAGGGGAUUAACAUUCGGGUCGAAUUGCUGGUGGAAAGACCCAACGUGUUUGAGCCCUUACCGCUCCUGUCCAUCAUCAUAUUGGGUCUUGCGCGGGAAGAUAUAUUGCCUGUUAUUUCUGCCGGGUCCCUUCGAAUGUGAGUUCGUUCCUUCUAUUUGUUGGCCCAUAUAAAUUAUAAAUAUUUCCAUAAACCCACAUGACUGUGUGAACUUCACAGUAAACGUUUGGACUUUUUUUUAUUUGUCCUUGCGCUUGAAAUCUAUCAACGAUGGAGCAAAGAGUUAGCCUUGAGCUUACGGUCUCUACCACGACUGACAAGCCAGAUAUCGUGGAUAAGCCGGUGGAUAAAAUGGCUACCAUUGCGAAUGAUGAUGAGAGGCUGUUGAAUCGAAUUGGUUAUACUCAAGUAAGCCCUCUUAUACUCCGUCCUCUUUGUGAUCAUCACUAACAAUAUUCAAGGACCUACGACGACAUUUCUCAAAAUGGUCUACAUUAUCCUACGCAGUCUCCGUUCUUGGUGUUUUGGGAUCUGUUCCUGCUACCUUUGGAAGCCCAUUGAGUCUUGGUGGACCAGCAGCUUCAGUCUGGGCAUGGUUCUUUGGAUCAAUGAUGGCUCAAAUUAUAUCAAGUUCAGGUUAGGAAAUCUUCACUAUAAAGUUUGGACUUGCGCUUAAACAUUCAAUAGUAUCAGAACUUGUCUCAGCAUAUCCGACGGCGGGUGGUAUGUACUUUGUUACGAAAAAUGUUGUCCCGGAUGAACAUGCCGCCAUUUGGAGUUGGGUUAUUGGAUGGUGUAAUUUAUUGGGUCAAACGGCUGGUGUUGCCAGCGUGGGAUAUACUGUCUCUCAACUUAUCCUAGCAGCUGCUAGUAUGAACUCUAAUUUUGAUGAAAUCACAGGAAUAUAUUCCUAUUCGCCGUAAGUGAAAGGUCAAAGCUAAGAUUUUAUUUCCUAACAAUUUGAUAGAACUGCUCUAGAAACAACCCUUCUCUCGUGGUUAAUCCUCGUUAUUUUGGGAGUAAUAUGUUCCUUAACAACAAAACGUCUUCAUCAAAUCGUAACCUGGUUCAUGCCUAUCAAUGUCCUAGCAUCAAUCACAAUCUGCAUCGCACUACUUGUUCUAACUCCUAAUAAACAAUCGGCAACAUGGGUAUUUACUCACUUCACCAAUGGAUCUGGAUGGGGAACAUCAUUUUCAUUUUUCCUCUCCUUCUUAUCAGUAGCUUGGACCAUGACUGAUUAUGAUGGCACAACUCACAUGUCAGAAGAAACGCAUGAUGCAGCAACCCAAGGACCAAUGGCUAUUCGAUGGGCCGUUACAAUUUCUGGAGUCGUUGGUUGGAUGCUCACAGUUACAUUUUGUUUUUGUACAACUGAUCUCGAUGCUAUCAUUAAUUCACCAACAGGAAUGCCAGCUGCUCAAAUCUUUUUAAAUGCUGGAGGAAAAGGAGGAGGAACCGCAAUGUGGUUCUUUGUUGUUUUGGUUCAAUUCUUCACUGGAUGUUCUGCCAUGCUUGCGGAUACUAGAAUGGCAUACGCAUUUGCUAGGGAUGGAGCAUUACCAUUUUCAAAGUAAGUCCCGAAUUUACCCCUUCACUUUAUAUCAUUUAGUGUUUCAAAGUUUCAAUCAUCAAACUCCAAUAAACUAACAUCCCAAAAAUAGAUUUUGGUCCAAAGUAAACCCCUACACAGAAACCCCAGUAAAUUCCGUCUGGCUCAUCGUCUUCUUAACCUGCGCCCUCAACACCAUCGCUAUCGGCAGUACCACAACCAUCGUAGCCAUUUUCAACAUCACCGCCCCUGCACUCGACAUGUCUUAUGCCGCUGUCAUCGUCGCCCGUAAUAUCUACGCUUCACGCGUAAAAUUCAUUCCUGGUCCUUACACACUUGGAAUUUGGCAAAAGCCUCUUAAUGCUAUUGCAUGUACCUGGGUACUUUUUAUUAGCAUAGUACUUAUGUUCCCGACGAUUCGACCGGUUACCAUGGAGAAUAUGAAUUAUGCGGUGGUAGUAGGAGGGGCAAUUGCGAUGUUUAGUUUUGGGUGGUGGUGGGCUGGUGCAAGGACGUAUGUUUUUUCUUCUUUAUCUUUUUGUUUAUGUUGUCUUGGGAUGAUGUGAGAUGUGAGAUGCGAGAUGUGAGAUGAAAUGGUACUGAAACUAAUAUCGUGAUAAAAUAGAACUUAUACAGGACCGAAAACAAAAGACCUCAUACAAUGUAUCGCUACAGAGGAGGGAAACUAUGAAUCGGAUCAAAGGCCUGAUUAUGGUAGUAUCAACGGCCGUUAAGCUCAAGACGGGCAUUUGGAAUUGGGAUAUGUAUAACUAUUAAGGCGUUCUGGAGUAGAGGGGAAUGAGAGUUUAAUUCUUAGAUUAGAGAAGAAUUCUUUUUUGAGUUGAGUUAGGAUAGAUAUGUUAUGGAUACAUUUUUAUAU